CGCAACGGGGGCCGGGGCUGCAGCUCUAGGCACUACAGUAAUACACCUCACAACAGGCAGAAGUAGGUUUGACAUUAAAGACCCCUGCCCCCUUCCAACAGCCAGCUGGGAAGGGAGCUGUCAUGGCACCUCCAGUCCCCUAGCCCCUCUGCCUAGACGGGGCCAUUGCCUGGGGUGGUUCCGCACUGGGCUCAGACUUGCCACAUUCAUUUCACACACGGGCCUCCGAGUGGCAGCACCUUCCCAGGGCCACCACGCUAGGCCGGAUGUUGAACUGGUGCCAUGGCAGCAAUGGGCUCUUCAGCCCAGGAAAGAGCGAAGUCCGGCCUCUGCUGAGGUUGGCUAGCAGCAGCAGGGAAUCCAGCCUGCUGCAGAGUGAGCCUCUUGGACCAGAUGGCUCCGGCCACGGGAUCCUUCUCAGCACACCCCGUCUGCUGCCUGCUGCCCAACACUCUCCCUCUUCCUCAGACCUUCCACUCCAGCCUGGAGAUGCAGGGGACUCCUCCCUCCAGCCCCAAGCUGGUGAUCCUGACUCUGGGGGCGGUCGCAGUCCUCACCAUCAGCAUCAUAGGGGUCCUUGUGGCAACAUAUCUCGGGCGAACUACCUGCCUCCAGCGAGAUGCCUACGGCUACCUGCCUACGCAGGUGAACGUCCAGAACGAAGCGUCGCUGCUCCUGGCUCUCAGCGAGCUGGGAGAACAGGGCGUUGCGCCAGGGAUAACCUGUGACCUAAGAAAUCACCUGAUGGUGUAUCACGGGCAGCCAGAAGGGUGCGUGGCCCGGAAGAUGGAACCCUCCGACCAGCUGCCAUCCUGCCAGGAGCUGGAAAGCUACUUCCAGGCUGUAUUGAGAAACGCUACACUGGGGAUUACCUCGGAUGUUCAGAGCAUGGGGACUAGCUCCCUGGGCAGCCUGACCACCCUGCUUUGCAGCAACAAACCCACGUAUUUGAUCACAGCCUUUGCACCUUCCCCCAGGCAUCACAUAAGCAUGGCUGCUUAGCAAGCCCACGGCUCAUGCAGGGAACACCAGACUGCAAAUCCAGCUGUCUCGACUUACUGUAUUAAUUCCAACUGCAUCCAUCUGGGAUGGCCACGCACACGUCAGAGUUUCUAGCCUUGGGUUCUAUCUUUCGGGGGAGAACCGACAACUAACAAGUGUGGGAUUCUGUAUCACUGCUUUGCCCGAGAUAAUCAGUAGCAAUAAAAUACAGAGAUGUGACAAGUUGCCGAGUUACCCAUAGCAUCAUCAUGUAUCGAACUAAUCAACUCAGAAGCAAAAGCCAGUCUGCAGAGAUUCUUCAUUACGUUGUCAUUCACAUGGGCAUGGGUUUGGUGCUUCCUUAGCACGUUCUGUACUACAGGAAGCCCUCGGUGGGGAUACAAGGAAAAUAUAUUAAUGACUGACACAGUGAUCAAUAAAGAGCACCACAAAACAGCCUUUGUUUCCGUGUGGAUAAUUUCCAGUGCUGAUAAUACUUCCUAGCAAGCACUCUGCUGCGCAGAAGCGAAGAGUUCCUGAGCAGAGUCUUUGGCUUUUAAAUCUUUGAGACAAGGAGAGUCAUCACUUGGGUACGUUCUCAGCAGCUGCGGUAACGGGGGUUCUGUUGUAGCACAUGGAUUUUGGAUGGGUGAGUUGAGGAGAUAAAGUAAACUGGGCCCUACAGCCCUUUGAAGACUACAGGGCACUGGUGUCCUCACUGCUCCACAGCCACAGCAAGGGAGUCCCCAUGUAUUCUGCACUGCUUCCCAGAGGCUGCCUGGUCUGAAAGCAGAGCUCAGAUAAGGCCACAGAAACAAGAUGGUGCCAGACUGCCUCUUGGAACUGCUGAGAACUAGAUAGUGCAGCCGUCCAUUUGCACUUCAGAGGUGGGUUUAAAGCCCGGGUACAUCACAGCUGGAGAGACAGUCCAAGCUGUUUAGGCCUGUAUGUAACAAUAUGCACCUCUCUGGUAUGGCUCAGCCAGACGACAUUUUUGGUGGGCAAGUUCACAUGGCUGGAUAAAGUCCGACCAGGGAAUUUCCAACACAGCUCUCAUCCUGACCUGCAGGCCAUCUGCUGGUGCAGCCUGAGGCUUCCUUCCGAGCUCUGUUAACAUACCUAACUCCCACCCUGCUAUUCCAUGGGAGGGGAUUCUUGAGAAGGCUUGUAGGGGUCUUAGCAAAUAGGAUGUGCUGAGGUGCUUCUGGGCCUUUACCAAAUGGCUUCUUGCUGAAAGCUAGGGAACUGCCUCCUGCUAGAAGGGUGAUGGCUUUUAAUAAAGGGGCAACUACAGUUAAAAUAAGGCCUUUCCUUCUGCCCCUUCCCCAAUGCACAGACGAGAACAGCACACUAGCAUCACUCCUGCCAGCAAACACGUAUGUACAGCAGCAUUGUGGUCAUUUAGUCUGAGCUCCCGCAUUAACACAGGGCAGAACAUUUAAUCCAGCGAUUCCUACAUGAAGUCUGCUGAGCUGAGCUGGAGGACCUGCUGACGGACUCUGAGAAUUUACUCCAUCCUUAUGGUUCCGUUCUGUUGGGAUGUUUCUCUCACGGAUAACAAUUUGCCCCCCCCGCCCUCGUCUGAACCUUGCCAACUUCCACUUUCCACCACUGGCUCUUGUUAAGCCUUCGCUAGACUUAGGAGCACCAAGGUAUCAAAUUGAUGCAUAACUUUUCCAUAGGCAGAUAAUCCUGUUUGCGUCAAUCGGGUUACUCCUGUGAGUAAAAGUUACACAACUGAUUAAGUGUUGCAGGAUCUAAGCACAGUGGGGAAGGCUCUCAGGGGUUUAUUUCCUUUACUCCAAAGGUCCCUAUGUACCACAAAGCUGAGAAGGGAAUAUAUUUAAGAUCAGCAAGCCGUGGAUGUUACUUGGAAGGUUGGAUUUGGAUUCAGUUCAGUUUAAGGUGGCUUAGGAUACCAUGGCCUCCUGCUCUAAGUUAGGGGACCUGCAUGCUAGAGGGGCCGCAAACUAUGCAAUGCAGCUUUCCAUGGCAGAAGCCCUGUCUACACACAAGUUGUACUGGUGUAGUUAAACCAGCACAACACCCCCAACACGACCCUGGGUACAGUUCUCUCUCUGUAUAAAGGGUAUGUCAUACAAACACAGCUAUUUCCACACAGGAAGGGGAUGUACUACCCCAGUAUAAGGCUCCUCUAUCCCAGUAUAACCAAGUCCAGACAUGGGGCUGUUCUGGUAGAUCAGUAAAAAGAGAAGCAUUCCCCUGACAGCUGUAUCAGUACAAAAGCCCUCUCUAAACCAGGCCUAAGAGAUGCAAGGAAUUCACUUGGACCCAACUAAUCUGGUUUAAGUGAAGCCCUCUCCCACUCUGAAACCUCAUGGACCUAAGGGGUAGCUUUCCCUGGAGGUGGGUCACCCCGUCACUGCAGGGAUUCUUGCAGCCUGCUCUGAAGCAGAUUGUUCUAGCCUGGAGUCAGGAGACU